AUGGCCGACGUCAGGAGGAUCAAAGGAGCUGUUGACUUGAUCAGCAAUUUCCCAGAUGAGAUCCUCCAACACAUACUCUGCUUUAUUCCGAUCAAAGUAGCCAUCAAAACUUCCCUCUUGUCUAAACGAUGGAGGCAUGUAUGGUGCGAUAUACCUUCUCUCACCUUAGAUGUGGAUUCACUGACUGCCGCUUCCGUUACCGAAACCCUAACUCACUAUACAGCUCCCAAGACGAAGAUUUUUUUCCUCAAAGCCACCAAGAGGGAGGACAUUCCCCACAUCGAUCAGUGGAUCAAAUGCGCCAUGUCACACAACGUUGAGAAUCUGUCCCUCGAUUUCCCUCGUCCUUAUUAUGAAGAGUAUAAGCCGUUCCUGGAUUUAGGUAGUUCUUUUUGUGAAGGUUAUAAGCUUCCAGGUUUCUUCUACAACAGUUCUUCUUUCAAGCAACUCAAUAUUAAGUUAAGCUUGUUCGGUACGAUGGUUUCCGAGUGCUCGGUAUCUUGGACAUCCUUGCAGAAGUUAUCCUUGAGUCGUUUUAGACUCUCUGAUGAAUUCAUGGCCAAGAUUCUGUCCGGUUGUCCUGUUCUCGAAAAUUUAACGUUGUAUCACAUCCGUGAACUAAAGGUUCUCGAUCUCAGAAAAUCCCUACUUCUGAGAACAUUAGAAGUAAAACGUAACGGGUGGGUUCAGGGGCUAACGCAGAUUGUGGCACCACAUGUCCAUUGUCUCAAAUUGUUAAACUCUCAGUUGCCAUGUACUUUGGUUGAUGUCUCUUCUUUAACCAAAGCUAAACUGGACAUUUGUCAUGUCUCAAUGAACCCUCACUUAACGGCUGAUUUUCUUCAAGUCAUGGCGCUAAAGAUGUUAGAAAAGUUCCAGAACGCAGAGAAGCUUUCCUUUGGGGGAAACUUUAUUCUGAUUUUAUCUCUUGCUGAGAUUCGUGGUGUUCCUUUCCCGAUGCUCAAGGUCAAAUCAUUGAUUCUUGAUACAGUGAUCUGUCAGUAUGUUAUUCCUGGUAUAGAAAGGUUGUUACCACUACAAGAAAUAUCGGUAUUAAUAGCACCCGGAAAACGCUAUCAUAUCGUUUUCAUAGCGUUUCGAAGAACGCCGUGA